AGCAGAGGAAGGAUUUAUUCACAAGGCAGCCAAGUGAGGUGAUAGGAGGACAGGUCUCAUAUUUGCUUCCUCAAAGACGAGGGGCUUGCGACAUUACAGUAUAAAGAAGCAGGUUGGGGAAAUUCCCUGGUGGUCCAGUGAUUAGGACUCUGCACUUUCACUGCCAAUGGCCUAGGUUCGAUCCCUGGUAGGGGAACUAAGAUCCCACAAGCCUCAGUGCCCCCCGCAAAAAGCAGGAUGAUUUUAGGUGUGGGGAGAGAACCUUGGAGGCAGGGAAGAGGUGAGAUCAUCUGUUCUGCAGAGGCACAUUUGAAUUACUUCUUCAUGGGACACGUUAAAAAUGGUAGCACUUGAUGGGGUGGAGCUCUGAAGGCAAGAGGUCAUUCGCUGGACCCCGGAGCAGGGCCAGUUAUAGCGUCGUACAAGCAAGCUUUUGUAUCAACAAUUAAAGCAAGCUCGAUCCGUGAAGACAGGUUACAAAUGGAGGGUCUGAAGGAAGGGCUACCCACUCCAGUAUUCUGGCCCAGAAAAUUCCAUGGGCUGUACAGUCCGAAGGGCAGCAAACCUUCACACAGUUAACUUGCAGUGUUACUUCAGUUUUUUAUAUGUGUGUACGCACACGUUAUUUUUCAGAUUCUUUUCCAUUAUAGGUUAUUACAAGAAACUGAAUAUUAUUCCCCACGCUAUACAGUAGGGCCUUGUUUACCGCGGGGUUCUUAAGCGGCAAGACAAGCUCUAAGGUUUCUGUUACCGGUUUCUGUUACCAGUUUCUGUUAACCCUGUGGGGCGGUUUCAAGGGCAGAGCUCGCCGCUUAGAGGCCCUCCAGGGGAACGCAAAGCCACCUAUCCGCACCUACCUUCCCUCCCUGCCAAGGAUAGACUCACUCAGCCUCAGCCCUCGGGGGCGGGGCGUAGUCGGCGCGCAGGCGCAGACGGCGGGGCCUGGCGCGCAGGCGCGGGAGCAGAGGUCAGGCGCGCCCCGCCCUCGCGCCGUCGCUGGGACCUGCGAGGCGGUCCAGUUCUCCGUUGCACCUGGUGGGUCCGUCUCCAAAGCACGUCUGAACCUGGCCCCAGCCACUGCAUCAGCUUCUCAAGUGGGUAGGGCUCCUGCUUCCACUGUCUGCUCAGCUCACUGACCAUCAGGGUCCCUGAGGACUUGUCCCGAGUUGUCCAGUGACUCCAGUUCGCUGCACCAGGAUAAGCCCAGACUCGUCUUGGCCUGUCACUCCUCCAGUGGCUGCAGCAUUUUCCUCUCUCUCCCGGUCACCUGACUCAGAGCUGGCAGGAUGUUUCACGGGAUCCCAGCCACUCCUGGCAUGGGAGCCCCUGGAAACAAGCCGGAGCUGUAUGAGGAAGUGAAGCUGUACAAGAACGCCCGUGAGCGGGAGAAGUACGACAACAUGGCAGAGCUGUUUGCAGUGGUGAAGACGAUGCAGGCCCUGGAGAAGGCGUACAUCAAGGACUGCGUCACCCCCAACGAGUACACCGCAGCCUGCUCCCGACUCCUGGUCCAGUAUAAGGCGGCCUUCCGGCAGGUCCAGGGCUCAGAAAUCAGCUCCAUUGAUGAAUUCUGCCGCAAGUUUCGUCUGGACUGCCCGCUGGCCAUGGAGAGGAUCAAGGAGGACCGACCCAUCACCAUCAAGGACGACAAAGGCAACCUGAACCGCUGCAUCGCCGACGUGGUCUCGCUCUUUAUCACGGUGAUGGACAAGCUGCGCCUGGAGAUCCGAGCCAUGGAUGAGAUCCAGCCUGACCUGCGGGAGCUGAUGGAGACCAUGCACCGCAUGAGCCACCUGCCCCCCGACUUCGAGGGCCGCCAGACAGUCAGCCAGUGGCUGCAGACCCUGAGUGGCAUGUCGGCCUCAGACGAGCUGGAUGACUCCCAGGUGCGCCAGAUGCUCUUCGACCUGGAGUCGGCCUACAAUGCCUUCAACCGCUUCCUGCACGCCUGAGCCCUGGCCCCCCAGGCCCGCCUUCCACCAUGGUUCCUGCUUCCCCGGACACCUGCUUUCCACGACCACCCGUCUGUGUCUGUUCAUGGCGUCUGGAGUCCCCUCUUCCUAAUAAAGCUGUUUUCUGAUCUCUC